AGUCAUCUAGCGCACCACCUGUCAUACAGCACAUUCCCUCUCCCGAUCCAGCCUUCCACGCAACCCUCAUUCCAGAACCCACGUGUCCACCCCACAAGUCACUCUUCACCACGCACAAGCUGCAUGUUCACCCGACCCCCCAUUGGAUGUUGCUCACGCGGACACAACGGCACAGCAUGUGGGCAAGCCUAGCUCCGAGACACCUGCCCCUCCCGCCUGCAUUCCUUCACGUCGCAUGAACAUACGUGUGAUCUCGGGGGGAAAGGGUGUUUGCUGCGGUCGUGUGUGUUCGCGUGCUCGGAGCGAUGGCGGCGUGCAGGCUUGAUGGAAUGAGCGCCGUGGAGCUGUGGAUGGAGGUACUGGGAAUAGGUAUAUGUUACUUGAUGGGCGCUUUGCUUCUCCCUUUUCUUCUUCGUUUCUCUUCUUUGUUGGUUUUCACGAGGACUGUGGCACUCGACUCUACUCUUGCUUCACACUCCCCUGCUGUCUCCUCGUGACAGAGCAGAACUCUUUCCCCGGGGAGAGACCACCACAUGAGCAACCACCGCGCAACCUACUGGCGCGCAGACGGUGGCAUCCAGACAGCGCCGGAAAGAAAGCCAACCCUCCACCACCUCAGCCUCCAAAGCCCGAACCUCCCACACCACCCACAGAACCGACCCCUCAACCCGCCGCAGUGCAAAUGUUCUACCUCCCCACUCCCCUCGCCCCCAUUCCAUGGGCAUGGCAGCCAGCCCCUUGGCUUCGGGCACCAGUAGGAAUCAACGGGCUUUGCACCGCUCCUGUGCCCGCUCCACCUCCAGCGGCUGCGGAGGCAUUGGUGCCCCCUCCGCCGGCUGAGACGCGUGAAGAAAAGAAAGUAGCGAAAGAGAAGAAGGCGAAGAAGUUCAAUGCCAAUGCGCCGCCUUCGCUGGCCAAAGGCGUGAAUUACAUGUAUCCGCUCGAGCACACGAUUUUGCAUAUUUUCCGCAAAGCGGCGCCGGUUUGGGAGGAGAGGUAUCGUGGGCGGAAACUGGAGUUCAAGGUGUUCAAAGUCAGCGUGCACUUUACGGUCAAGAUGGUGGUGGAGAAUGUUUUGCGGAAAAGUCGAGAUGCAGAUGUGCUGGAGGUUUGUAAGGGAUGGGCGGUGACGGAGACUGUGGAGGGUGGGAAUGGGACUUGGGAGAAGGGCACGACGAUUGAGUAUGAUAGUGAAAAGGCUGGAGGGAGUUUGGAGAGUAUGGGGUGGUCUGCGAAGAGAGGAAGCUCGUUACCUCCUGUUUGGCUGGUUGUACACAAGGUUGAUUUCAAGUGAGAUUGGUGCAUUGCUUGGGUUGGAUAUCGUGGAAAGUCGGGACUUCUACUGCAGGAACUCUGGAAUAACCGCGUGCUUGCAAACAGAUGCAUUUGGCCUCACCAUCUAAUCCUACACAAUCGUCAUCAGUCAUCAAUUACCAUCCAUUACUCCCCAACUCUGACCCGCUUGGGUCAAACCUACAAAGGCACUUACUGAUCAAACCCCUUCUCCCCCUCCUUGACCUCAAUAUCCUUCUGCUGCACUUUAUUCACCUCCGCCGCCCCGGGAC